AGCUCUUAACCAAAGACAGCCACAACUGAGCCUUCUUCUACUCUGAUUAACAACACAAUGAUAAAAAAUCAAUAAGAACAAUGCCGACACUGUUAUAUUCUCUCAAUCAUGCUUCGAAAAUUAUAUAGUAGAACAGAGCAUUUGUCUUUAAUGUCUGCAUCUAACACAGCUUUCUAUUUAGUCCUCUCUUCUACAACUCCAGUUCAUUGUGUAUGUCAUACACCACAAUUGCCUACAGCCAUGAACAGAACACUUGACAACUCUAAGGGAAAAGUCAUCACUUGUAAAGCUGCUGUGUGUUGGGCACCUGGGGAAGCUCUGGUAAUGGAGGAAGUUCAAGUGGCCCCACCGCAGGCUUUGGAAGUUCGUAUCAGAAUCAUAUGUACCUCUCUGUGUCACACUGAUGUCAGUUUUUGGAGUAAUAAACAGAAUAACACAGGGUAUCCUCGCAUUUUUGGCCACGAAGCAGUUGGAAGAGUGGAAAGUGCGGGGGAAAAUGUGAAGGAUAUUGAGGAGGGAGACCUGGUGAUACCCGUGUUCAUGCCGCAUUGCACUGAGUGUGUGGAUUGCAAGUCAACCAAAAGCAAUAUGUGUACCAUAUUAGGAAGUAAAAGUGCAGGGCUGAUGACAAUUGACAAUAGCGCCAGAUUCAGCAUCAAUGGGAAACCCAUAUACCAGUUUUUGGGUGUUUCCAGCUUCACCGAAUACACUGUUGUAGAAGUUGAGUGUGUCGUCAAGAUAGAUCCAAUGGCUGCCCCUGAUAAAGUUUGUCUUCUUAGCUGUGGAGUCACAACAGGGUUAGGUGGGGUUUGGAAGGUGGGCAAUGUAGAGAAAGGCGCAACUGUGGCUGUCUUUGGUUUAGGAACUGUUGGCAUGGCUGUUGCAGAAGGCGCAAGAAUCAGAGGUGCAUCUAAAAUCGUCGGUGUUGAUGUGAACCCUACAAAAUUUGACAUUGGAAAGAAAUUUGGUGUUACAGAAUUUGUGAAUCCUAAAGACCAUGAAAAGCCUGUUCACCAGGUAAUCAAAGAAAUGACUGGAAGUGGGGUAGACUACAGCUUUGAUUGCACAGGCAACAAGUCUGUAAUUGUUGAAGCCUUCAAAAGUACUCGUAAUGGAUGGGGUACCACAGUGGUUUUAGGGGCGAAUAUGACAGAGGUACCCAUAGACUGUGCAGAAUUGCUACGUGGGAAGACCAUAAAAGGGUCAUUCUUUGGAGGAAUGAAGGCAAAAACAGAUCUACCCCUACUGGUGGACAAGUAUAUGAAAAAGGAGCUUCAGCUAGAUGAUUUCAUUACUCAUGAAAUCUCAUUUCCAGAGAUCAACAAGGCAUUUGAGUUGUUGAAGGAAGGGGAGUGUUUGAGAUGCAUUAUGUGGAUGGACUGGACAGCACAUUGCAUUAGCUUUCUAAGCCCAAUUACAGAGAACGUUUGGGUUUGGUAGUAUUUUAGCCUAUUGUGGAGAAUAUAUAUCUUUACAUCUCUGAUCCAACCAUGUUUGAUCAUAAAUAAGUUAGGUUAUUUAAUUAAAUGAAAUAUUUUAAUCUUAUAGUCAAUUUGUGUCCACAUUUAAAUGCAAUAACUUUUCCAUUUAGAUUGUCUAAACAGGGCUUUUUAGAAAAAUGUAUAAAUAAGUUCAAUUUGAAUCUAAUUGAGAGAGUAAUAGGCAUACAUCUCUUCGGAUAAGUUAGACAAGUUAUGACAUACGUCUCGUGUGUCAAGUUUGCCAAUUUGUAUCGGCUCUCAUAAUGGACUCCAUGGGCAUACAUCUCUACCAUUAGUUUGCCUAAAUUAUAUGAUAUGAAUUCAGCAACAUACAUCUCUAUCACAAGUUUGUCCAUAUUGUAUGGAUUUUAUAUAUAUAUUGAAUGAUAUGGAGUUGUCA